CUCUUCUUCUGCUGCUUCUUCCUUUUCUCUCCUCCUCCUCCUCCUUCUCAUCCUCUUCUUCUCCUUCAUCGUGUUGUUAUUUUUUCCUGUGCCUCCCGUAUAAUCCUUGACCCCGUUCUCCUUUCCCCUCUCCUCAAAACAACACCAGACACGUCACUCCAUCGUCCGAGUAUGCACAGCAAUAAGGAGGCAGCGCUCGAUCCCGAGCGUAACCCCACGAGCGAUGGGGAGGUGCGGACAUCGGACGACCAUGGCAUACUAAUCGAUGAGGCUGCCGAGGAGAGUAGUCACAUCUCCGGCAUGAAGUUGUAUCUCAUUGUGCUAAGUCUAUUGCUCGCUGUGUUUUGCGUAGCUCUCGAUAACACCAUCCUGUCCGUUGCCAUCCCUCGCAUCACGGAUGAAUUCCACCGGCUGAACGAUAUUGGAUGGUAUGCGUCCGCCUAUCUACUGACUACGUGUGCCUUUCAAUUGCUAUAUGGCAAGUUUUAUGCCCUGUUCAGCACCAAGUGGGUCUUUCUCGUCGCCCUGCUUAUCUUCGAGGUGGGCUCUCUGAUCUGCGGCGUCGCACCGUCGUCCGUGGUGCUUAUCGUCGGCCGUGCCAUCGCGGGAGUGGGGAGCUCGGGGAUCUUCACAGGUGCUCUGGUCACCAUCGCGCAUAUUGUGCCCUUGGCCAAGCGACCGGUUUACAUGGGGCUCUUAGGGGGGAUGUAUGGGAUUGCGUCCGUGGCAGGCCCUCUGUUGGGGGGCGCCUUCACGAACGAAGUGACCUGGCGAUGGUGCUUCUACAUCAAUCUUCCGAUCGGAGGGGUCACCGCGGUGGUUAUCCUGUUUCUGCUUCGGAUCCCUAAAUCAACGGACCUGCGCACGCAUGGCGCCUGGGAGAUGGUGAAAGGCUUAGAUCCGUUAGGCACGAUCGUCUUCACUCCCGCCAUCAUCUGCGUUCUCCUGGCACUCCAGUGGGGUGGGGUGGACUACGCUUGGUCGAAUGCACGCAUUAUUGCGCUGUUUGUUCUCUUCGGUGUGCUCCUCAUUACGUUUAUCAUCAUUCAGAUCCUCAUGAAGGAUAACGCCACCGUGCCGAUCAAAGUAGCCUCUCAGAGAUCCGUAGCCUGCGCCUCCGUCUUCGUCUUCUUCAUCGGCGCCUCCAUGUUCGUGAUGAUCUACUAUGUGCCGAUCUGGUUCCAAGCCAUUCGCAACCAAUCACCAGUGCAGGCCGGCAUUGAUUCCAUUGCCUUGAUUCUCGCCAAUACCGCCGGCGCCAUCAUCUCCGGCGCUGUGACCAACAAGACAGGCCACUACGCCCCUUGGUUUAUCGUCAGUAGCGUGAUCAUGUCGAUCGGUGCUGGCUGCCUUACCCUCUUCACCGUGGAUAUUGCCCAAUCCAAAUGGAUCGGUUUUCUCUUCCUCUACGGGAUCGGCGUCGGCUUCGGCUUCCAGCAGGGGGCUGUGGCCGUGCAAGCUGUGCUCCCCAUGGCGCAAGUUCCCAUCGGAACCGCACUAAUCUGGUUUGUGCAGAUGUUGGGCGGUGCGCUCUUCACCUCGGUAGCGCAAAAUAUCUUCAGCACCCACCUAGCGGAGAACCUCGCGAAUCUGCGGCUGCCAGGUCUCGACCCAGAGGCAGUCGUAGAUGCCGGUGCCACCGGGUUUCGCCAUCUAGUCCAACCGGAGUACAUGGACCAGGUGCUGGUAGCAUAUAACGCCGCGCUGCUGGACGUCUUUCAAGUGGCCCUAAUUUGCAGCUGUCUCAGCUUUCUCGGGGCCGUAGGGAUCGAAUGGAGAAACGUCAAGCAGAACAGGUAACGUUCCAUAGUACCCGGCUAACGUGUAUCACCCGUAUCUAGGGUUCUUUCUUAGAAAACGUUUUUCUUCUUCUUUUUUCCUUGUGGUUCCAGCAUUAUUCAACAUUCGUGCACAUAAGUUCAUGUUCCGGAUCAUCGGAGACCCGUUCUCAUCUUCCUUCAAGGGAGCGCGAGGACCCCGAGCCUGCCAUGAAAAGGAACGAUGUUUAUUUCUUUUUAAUUCCUGUCAAACGGCUUCGGCGUUACCUCGUUCAACCGCGGGUCCCUUCUUUUAAUCUCCACAAUUGUAUAAUCAACGUCGUCUACCAGCGUAUGUUGUACUCGCGCCUUGGGUCAUGAGUCAAUGCGACGCUCAUGUAAUUUAAUCAUAGC